AUGGCAGCGACCUCAGGGGAUUGGGUUGAGGCUUCAAAGUAUGAUAAAACUCAUCCAAACUGGGUAUGUACUCCUUUGAGUGCUGGUGGAGACACAGCCCUUCACGUUGCAGUGAGCAUGGAACAAUCCACUUUUGUAUCAAAGUUGCUGGAACGUAUGAGCUUGCUUGAUUUGGAAAUUCGCAACGCAUAUGGAAAUACAGCCUUUUGUCUAGCUGCUAUUUCAGGAAACGCGAAAAUUGCUACAAUUCUAUUUAACAAGAACCCAGCGUUGGUAUGGAUUAGAGGCCAUAAAGACAUGUUACCAAUUCAAUUGGCAUCUUCUGCUGGACACUCUCAUAUGGUGCAACUUUUGUUUGAAAAGACUCCACAAGACAUGCGCUCUAAUCUACCCUCCCAAGACAUAGCCAUGCUCUUUUUCUUUACCAUUACCAACAACAUUUACAGUGUGGCAUUGAAUUUGUUGGAUAGAUAUCCAAAACUCGCAACCACAGGAAACGAAGAGGGGCUAACCGCCUUGCAAGUGCUUGCUAAAAUACCCUCUGAGGAGAAUGCUCCAGGUUAUCGAGAUAUUAUAAGUUAUUUGUUUAAGGGCAUCAAAGAGGAAUUUCUGAACUCCGUAAGAACUUCAGAAGCAAUGUUUGAUGCAGCAAAAUCAGGAAAUGUUGUGAUUCUGAAAUAUAUUUUAAAGUACGAUCCAAGUUUGUUGAUGAAAGUUGAUUCCAAAGGACAAAGCAUACUUCACAUUGCUAUUUUAUAUCGACACAUAGCUGUAUAUCGACUAAUAAUGAGCAAAGGUGCAUACAAGAAUGUUUUACUGCAACUAGUCGAUAAAGAUGGAAACAAUGUUCUUCAUUUAGCUGGAAAGCUGUCUGCUGAAGACAGAUUUGGAUCACCCGUAUGUCCGGUUCUACUUAGCAGUGAGGAGAUGUGGUUUAAGGUGUGCAUCUACACUACAUUAUUUACAUUUUUUUGA